GUGGGGAACCCACAGUCUGACGCGGCUUCCUGUGUUUUUGGCAGAUCACAGCUGGUCUAGACUCGGUGGGCCGGAUACAGAUGAGGACCCGUCGAACGCUCAGGGGCCACCUGGCUAAGAUCUAUGCAAUGCACUGGGGAAGCGACUCCAGUGACGGAAGCCCCAGGUUACUGGUAAGUGCAUCCCAGGAUGGAAAGCUCAUCAUUUGGGACAGCUACACAACAAACAAGAUGCACGCCAUCCCGCUGCGUUCUUCCUGGGUGAUGACGUGCGCCUACGCCCCCUCGGGAAACUAUGUUGCGUGCGGAGGGCUGGACAACAUCUGCUCCAUCUACAGCCUGAAGACCCGGGAGGGCAACGUGCGGGUCACCCGAGAGCUGCCCGGACACACAGGGUACCUGUCCUGCUGCCGUUUCCUGGACGACAACCAGAUUGUGACCAGCUCUGGAGACACCACCUGUGCAUUGUGGGACAUCGAGACGGGCCAGCAGGCGACCGUCUUCACGGGCCACACGGGGGACGUGAUGAGCCUGUCCCUGAGCCCCGACUUCAGGACCUUCGUGUCGGGGGCGUGCGACGCGUCCUCCAAGCUGUGGGACGUCCGGGACGGCAUGUGCAGGCAGUCCUUCACCGGCCACGUGUCCGACAUCAAUGCCGUCUGCUUCUUCCCCAACGGGAACGCCUUCUGCACGGGCUCGGACGACGCCACCUGCCGGCUGUUUGACCUGCGCGCCGACCAGGAGCUGAUGAUGUACAGCCACGACAACAUCAUCUGCGGCAUCACCUCCGUGGCCUUCUCCAAGAGCGGCCGCCUGCUGCUCGCCGGCUACGACGACUUCAACUGCAACGUGUGGGACACGCUGAAGGCGGAGCGCGCAGGUGUGUUGGCCGGACACGACAACAGGGUGAGCUGUUUAGGUGUGACCGACGACGGCAUGGCGGUGGCCACCGGCUCCUGGGACAGUUUCCUCCGAAUCUGGAACUGAGACCGGAAACAAAGAAGAAAACACACAUCCAUUCUCUCUUCCUCGCCUGUAAAUCGCUCCAUCCCGACGUCCCCCCCCCCCCCCCCACCACCACCCUUCCCCCCCCCCCCCCCCCCCCCCCACCACCACCCGACCCCCCCCCCCCCCCCCCCCACCACCCGACACCCCCCCCCCCCCCCCCACCACCCCUGCCCUGUCCUCGCACCCCCCCCCCCCCCCCACCCACACCCCUCAGAGGUGAACACUGUGUGAAGUCUAGUUGUCCCACUUAAACCCCCCCCCCCCUCCACCCUCCACCCUCUGAAGCACCCCUCUCAGCCUGUGCGCUCCUGCCCACAAACUCUUUCCACCUUUUCCAAUUGACUUCUCUUUUGUGUGUUUUUUUUCUUUUUUAAACCACACUUAAAAACACCCUCACAAUUUCAGUAGUGGCCCAGCGAGAGAGAGAGAGAGAGAGAGAGAGGGAGGGAGAGAGAGAGGGAGAGAGAGGAGGGUGAAACGUAGAAAAGUAGAAGGGGUUGCAGAAAGAUGUGGGGCAAAAAGUGCAUGGUUUACGAUGAGCUGUGUUACCGUGGUUACCGUCAGACUAGAGGGCAGUGUGUGUGUGUGCGUCCAAUGUAAAUAUAUAUAUAUAAAUACAGUAUAUAUAUGUAUAUCAUUAUGUGUGUGUAUAUAUGCAUCAUAUAUGCACAUAUAAUGUGUAUGUAUAUGAUUUUGUAGUUUAUUUCCAGCCCUAUCAAGUUUUGUUUUGCUUUUUUGUGCGGGAAGGGGAGUCGCUUCACAGUUUUUCUUUUUCAAUGUAAAUAUAAUUCCCAGUACCACACCUGAUCAUACCAAACCUGUCUUUAAUGGUGGCUGUGUUUGUUUAACGCCUCUAAUGGGGACCAGUCGCUCGGGGCCUGGUGCAUUAAAGCACCAUGGGUCUAUACGAAAAAAGUAUUUCAGAAAGAUGUUGUAAAUCUGACACUUUGAGACUUUCCGAAAGCGUGUUUCUCAGAAGAGCGCCUGGCGAGCUAUGGCUUAAACAAAGCAGGAACAAUUAGAAUCCGGUUUGUAGAACUUCUUUGAAUUUAAGUGUUUUAUUUUUGUUAUUAUUUCCAUACACUAUUGUGUACAUGUUCAUGCAUGCAUGUGUCCGUGUGCGUAUGUGUGUGUGUAUGUGUGCGUGCGUGUGACGGUAACCGGUACUGGUCCUACACACACACACCCUUUAACUAAAAAGUAUUGUUAUGAUGGAUGAUAGCUGUGAUUGUAAUGCUUUUCUUUUUUUUAAUUUACAUAACUGACCGACGUUUUAGGACAGGUGUCGGUUUUCCUUUUCCCGACAGCGUGGAAACGCCACUCUCCAGAGCCAACAGCCGCCGUUUAUCUUAUGAGUAAUCGUUUUCUAGUCGGGUACAACAAAAGUACAACAAAAAGUAGUGAAGCUGGUCGACUUGUAGGCUGCAGUCUGUGGAGUACUCCUGUAUUUUAGCAACGGUACUAUAAUGGCGCUGAAUAUCGGGCCUCAAAUCAUAGACACAGGGAUUUCCAAAUGUUCUAGUGGCCUUUCGGUCACCCACUGCUCAACAGGACUGGGUGACUCCCCGGAUUGCUCUAGAAAAGGGGCGGGACUUGUUGUCCAGGCCCACACACACGGGCCCUUUAAGAUACAAGAGCCAAUCAGGUCUCACAAGGGUCUGGGUUUCUUCCAACAUGUCGACCAUAGGAGGGGAAGGGGUGGAAGGGUUGGUAAAAAAAAAAAUGAAAAAAGCAAUGCUGUCUUUUUGCCGCGAUGUGUUAUGUACUUUUCAAUCAGUUUGAACAGCUUUAAGGCAAGAGGUUUAUCAUUCAUGAAGAUGUCGAAGUUGACUUCUGCUUCUUGUCAGGGCGAGAAAAGAGGGCGGAGAUUCAAACUGACAGCAAGGUGGACUUUUGUAUUUUCUUUCACGUGAAGGAUGGGCAACAAAAAAAACAACCAUUUUCCUUGACAACGUCUGAGCCUACACUCGAUUCCGAAACCACAAUAGUGCUACCACACGUGUGUAAAAAAAUGAAUUUAAAAAAAACAUAACAAAAAAAGAACACUUAUUUUGUGAUGAUCUGUAUUUAACAUGAAAUUAUCAUUUGUCUUUCAACAAGAACAUGCAAUGAACAGAAAGGUAUUUCUAAGAGGAAAAAAAACACUCGGUAGACCGAAAUGGACACCUGAUAGCUAGUUAUACUUAGACUUUAGUACCAAUGUAAAGAAUCAAGCACGUGAUGUAUUUACUGGGACAAGUGGUAUCUGAUGAUUAAUUUUUUUUAUAUGUAUAUUUUCUCUGCCAUUUCAUUUUUUGUUCGUUUUUUUGGUUUCCGUUGAAAGAUUUUGGAUGUUUUAUUUCCCAGAUUUCCCAGAUGGACAUUCAUUCGACCUGCCCGUUGGCUAUUUCCGGUGCCUGUACUUGCCAUGUGUGUGACUGCUGAGGAGAAUUUGUGCUUUAGAGAUUGGCCCCAAAUUGUGUCUCCAUUCUGCCUUACGAUAGCUCGAAGUGAAAAAAAAGAAAUCCCCAAAACCAAACCCCAACGCUUGCAUCGAGUACAGCAGAGUGUUAUUCCCAGCCACGAGAGCUUAGUUCUCGCAGGGGGUCAAAGGGGCAGAUGGGCCAAGAGUCCAAAGAACGAUCAUUUUCCUUCAGCAAGCACAUAACGCUGCCUAUACUAGUGAACACUAAACACCCAUGCUUCAAAUCACCACCACAUGCUUUGAAUGCUGUAUUAUCACUUUUUAAUAUUUAAAAUCUUGUACUACCAUCCGUGUCGCAGUACUUUGUUAGUGUUCAAUCAAGUAUCGGUGGAUCUCCCCCUGAAAUACUGUAAUUUUAUUUUAUUUUACCUUUUGGUUUUUAGGUUCAUUUAUAACUGUUUUUUUUUUACAAGAGAAUGCAUUAUGAGAUGGUAUGUUUUACUUUUUUUUUUUUAAGCCUGAGAACUUCCUAUUGUUGCCUAGGAUGUGUUUCCCAUCAGUGUUGAUGGGGUGAGGGAGGGCGGGACUAAUCCAUACGGAUAACAUAGAAUCGUUAGUUCCUCAUGUGUGCCAACGUUCGCCAUGGAGCUGUGAACGACCCAAGACACAAACAACUUGCUUUUUGUUCAUUUGUAUAAUCCAUUAUGUCAAAAGUGCCAGCUUUCCCAAUAUGUAUCAACAUCAUUUUUCUGCACCCAAUCAGAUGCUUGACGCAAAUAUAGAUUUGCCUAUCACCAAUGUUAGAAUUUUUCUCUUUGUGCAUCCUAAUGGUUCCACAGUACUAUUAUUAAUUUGAAAAGUGUUCUGCCAAGAAUGCAUACACACCACUGCGAUGCCAUUUGUUGGGAGUGAAUAAAGCCACCGUACACAGA